CAUCCGUGCCUCAUUCUCCCAGCUUUUACCCUCUCUCUCCCCCUCUUUCAGGACCAGGUUAUACGAGAGGGACUUUUUUUUCAAUGAAAUCCACCUGCUCCUCAUCUGUGCUGUAUUAGAGCAACUGUCCCGAGCAGGUUUCCUACCAGAGCCGACAUGGAGCGUCCAGAGAGUAGACUGCCGGUAGCUUUCCUCCUGCUUCUGCCUCUUCUGUCUGUCAGCUGCGUCUCCAAUCCAAAUUCAGUCUGCUGGUGCGUACUGUCUGACGCUGAGGAGCAGAAGUGUCUGGAUUUGGCCGGGAAUGCCACAGCUCGGAAUAUUAGAGGAACUUUGCAAUGCGUGCGUGGCCUGAACACCAGAGACUGCAUGGACAGGAUCAAGAAUGGGACAGCAGAUGCAGCCUCCAUGUCUGCAGAUGACAUCUAUGCUGCUGGUCUUUGCCACGGCCUUGAGCUGGCAGCAGGAGAGUCUCACAACAGAGUGGAUGGUAUUAACUACUAUGUGGUGGCGAUGGCACGGCGCUCCUCCUCUGACCUGUCCCUGCUGGAGAUGCACGAGCGCAGCUCCUGUCACCCUGGCAUACGCACCACGGUGGGGUGGACAGUUCCUAUUGGCUACCUGGUCAACACAUCCCAGAUCAGCGUGGGGGAGCAGUGCAACCUCCCCAGAGCCGUUGGCAACUUCUUUGGUUACAGCUGUGUGCCGGGCGUUAAGGACCCCCAGCACGACCCCAGAGGCAACAACCCCAAGAACCUGUGCGAGGCCUGCAUAGGCGACGAGAACGACCGGCACAUCUGUGCCAGCAACCACAGAGAGAGGCACUACGGGGAGGCGGGGGCGCUGAGGUGUGUGGCAGAGAACCUCGGCGACGUGGCUUUCGUCAAACACACAACGGUCUUCGAUAAUUUGGAUGGUAAGAACCAGGAGUCCUGGGCCCUGGAUCUGGAGCUGGAGGACCUGAAGCUGCUGUGCCCAGAUGGAACUGAGGCGGGUCUGGACGAGUAUGAGCGAUGCCACCUGGCAGCCGUCCCUACUAACGCUGUGGUGGUGCGCAUGGAGGACAAGUGUCGUGUCUGGAAGUACCUUGAACGUUUACAGAAUGUGUUUGGCAACGCCACCGAGGGCUUCAGCCUGUUCAGCUCAGCAGGCUACGGAGCAUCUGAUCUGCUCUUCAGCGACGCCACCCACCACCUGCAGAGGGUUCUGGGUAGCUACACCUCUUGGCUGGGCCCCACUUACACCACCAUGCUGCAAGCCUUCGAGUGCGAGGGCUUCUGCUGAUGGAACAUGAGGAAGACAUCCAGCACAUCAACUUCCACCCCAUCCCUCUGUCUCCGUCUUCCUGUUCUGCCUCCCCUCCCUACCAUCUGUGUCCCUCUGCCUCUCCAUCUCGCCAUUCCUCAUCCUUUUCGCUUUGCUUUUUGUGUCCUGUUUUCUCCCCGCGUUUCACCGCCCAUUCUCUACUAUCACAUCUUUGUCCUCCUGCAACCUAGAACUUCCCCUCUAUGCUGGCUGGCAGGGUAGGACAUCGCUAAGAGGGGCUAAUCAGCUAAAAAAAAAAUCAAAAAAUGUCCCUGAGAUUGAGUUUAGCUUUAAAAAGGAUGCUGGGAAAUAGAAAAGAAUAGGAUAGAAAUAGAAAACAAUGAACUAGAAAAGAAGUGCAGGUUAAUGAGUGUUGUUGUUGUUGUGUUACUGGGAGAUUAGGACUCUUUUUAAAGCGUUUUAAAAUGAGGAUUUUGAUGAAGAUUUUAGUGGAAUUACCCCAUAAACAUGAAUCGUCUCCCUAAUAUUGAUUUAUACAUAGAAAGAAAAGUCAUGUUAGUCAUGUUAAAUGUUCCUACCCUGUAUGUUUGUUGGGAAAUCGUGUCCCUCUCCCCUCCCUCCUCCCACAGGGUCUGUCUCUGGCACUGAACAACUGGGUGCUAUUAACUUUGAGCUUAGAAAGUCUCAGUUACUGUAUGUGUGUGUGUGUGUGUGUGUGUGUGUGUGAGUGAGUAUACACUGUUUCCCACAGCCAUUAUUACCCUAAUUGGAAGUCUGGCAUAUUAUACUGUUUGUGUGUGAGUGAGGGAAUGUGUGUGUGUGUGUGUGUGUUUGUGUGUGUGUGUGUGUGUGUGUGCAUGAGUGUGUAUGCUUAUGUGCCUAUGUGUUAGUGUGUUGUUAGGAUUCUUGCUUUCCCAUGGCUUGUAUAGCUUACGACUUUGGAUCACU